AUGGCCGACUUUGAGGCAGACCCUCACCCAUGUAAAGUAUCUUUGAUUGCCGGGGCAUAUCGCGAAGAAAAUGGAAAGCCUUGGGUCUUGCCUACCGUCGAAAAGGCAAAAGAGCACCUCAGGGAAGCCACUCACGAAUACUUAGGCAUAGCAGGCUCACCAUCCUUCAUCAACUUGGCAAAGGAUCUCCUCUUCGGGCCUGUCGCAUCCCGCCUUGAAGAUAAUUGCGCAUCAAUUCAAACGGUGUCCGGUACAGGUGCAAACCACCUCGCAGCCACAUUCUUGGCUCGCCGCCUUCGCCCAAACCGUGUUCUGAUCCCCGCCCCAACAUGGAUCAAUCACAAGACCAUCUGGGAAACAGCUGGAGUGAAAGUUGCCGAAUAUCCAUACUACUGCUCUGCCACAAAGAAGAUUGAUAUCGUCGGAAUGCUGAAUGCCCUCGAUCAUGCUGAGCCCAACGAAGUCGUCAUCCUGCAAGCUUGCGCGCGCAAUCCCACCGGAGUGGACUUGUCAAAGUCACAGUGGGUGCAAGUCGCUGACCUAGUCCGACGAAAGAAGCUGUUUGUCGUCUUCGACAGUGCUUAUCAAGGCUUCGCGACUGGCGAUCUCGAAGGUGAUGCCUGGGCGAUUCGCCUUUUCACGGAGAAUGUCCUUGCAUUCGAUACACAUCCAGGGCUGUGUGUCACAGUCAUUCUCGAAGAAUUUUGGGCCGUACGUGAGUUAGUGGCGAUUGCGCGGGCAGAGUAUUCCAAUCCGCCGCGAUUUGGCGCAAGCAUUGUUGAAACGAUCCUUUUGGAUCAGGAUCUGAGAGCUCAGUGGAUAUCGGAUUUGGAAACGAUGAGCUCGCGGAUCCGGAGCAUGAGACGUGAGCUGAGGCAGAGGCUGGAGAAAGAGACGCAGCAUGACUGGGCACAUGUCGAGACGCAGAUCGGAAUGUUCAGCUAUGCAGGGCUAACAAAGGAGCAAGUUUCUCGGCUCAGAAGCGACUUCCACGUCUAUUUGUUGCCGUCAGGUCGGUUGAGCUUGUGUGGAUUGAAUGAGGGCAAUGUCCAAUACGUGGCACAUGCUAUUGGCGAAGUCACAAAGUCCUAG